UUCCAAACCCAUACCUAGUGUUUGGUUGGUGAAAAUAUAAUCUCAAACCCAUACCUUAAACCCCCAAGGUAUGAGUUUUUGAUACCUAGGUGGGGAGGUGGGUAUGAGAUGGAGGUAUGGGUAUCCAUUCAUUUUUGAUUUUUUUUGUCUCUAUUUAAGUAAUCAAAUAUUAAUGUUUUAUACAAAAUUAAAUCAAUGAUGCAAAAAUACAUAACAAUAAUAAUUUUAUUAAUUUUUUCAAUUAAUAUAAAUUAAUAACUUAUUUUUUACAAAAAUUGCAUAUAUUGAUUCCAGCACUCAACCAAACACAUGAUAUCAGAUAUGAUACCUCAAACCCAUACCAGCUUAACCCGAUUCCUCAUUCCAACCCGAUACCACUCUUCGAACCAAACGACCCCUAAUAGAGUUAGGAAAAUUGCAGAAACGUGGCAUCUAUUAAUUCGCGGGAAUGCAUCACCACACUUCCAAGUGUGCACUUUCUGUUUGAUUUAAGGUUUCACAUAAAUGUACAAAACAACUCUUCUUCUCCGACAGCUAAAUCAAAUCACAAGGAUCAUCAACCAAAACCCUACCUCGUCUUUACAAAACCUAUGCACGUAAAUGAUGGUUAGGUCAGGUGGUCGUAAGUUAUCAUUCGACAUUCUCAACACCGCCACCUUUGAAGACAAUGACAGCACCAAGCGCCCCAUGCACCGAUCCAAAUCCGAUCCACCUGCUCUCGAGGCCAAUGCAGCAACAUCGGAUUCAAAGCGUAAUCGUCGUAAAAAGAGAAACAAAAGCUCGAGGAAGAAUGCGGGGAGCGAGUGUUUGGAAGAUAUAAUUGAGGAUCAGUGUGAGACUAGUCAUGUUUGUAAUGGUAGUGUGAGUAAGAAUGUGGUUUAUGAGGAAAUGAGUGCUGUUCCAGAGGAGAAGAGUGUUGUUAGCGUCGAGUUUUGUCAGCUGCAUGGGGGGGAAUUAAGACAGAGGAGUGUUAAUGCGAGGGAGGAGAAUGUUAAUGCCAAUGAGGAUGAGAAUGGGAAUGGGAAUGAGAAUGAGAAAUUUAGUGGGGAUAGAAAGGAAGUGGAUGGUGUUGUUAAGGACAAGAGGUCUCGGAAGCUGGAGAGGGAGGAAUCGUUGGAUUGGAGACGAGUAGUUAUGGCGAAAGAUCCUAAUUAUUUUUUGUCUAUAGAGAAGUCUCCACUGAAAUACUUUGUAGAAGAAAUGAAUUGUGGAAAUUCCUUACGGACGACAUCAACUCUGGCCAAUGAGGAAGAUCGUGAAAGAGUAUAUGAUACCAUAUUCCGUUUGCCUUGGCGUUGUGAACUGCUCAUAAGUGUCGGCUACUUUGUAUGCUUUGAUUCAUUUCUAUCAAUAGUGACCAUAAUGCCUAUAAGACUUAUCAUGGUUGCUUGGAGGAAUCUGAAUGCAAGGCAUUUUAUAAGGCCUUCAGCAGCAGAACUAUGUGAUUUCGGUUGUUUUGUUGCGCUGGCCUGUGGAGUUUUUCUUUUAGAACAGACAGACAUCAGCCUAAUAUAUCACAUAAUCCGUGGUCAAGGGACAAUCAAACUUUAUGUGGUUUACAAUGUGUUGGAGAUAUUUGACAAAAUGUGCCAAAGUUUGGGUGGAGAUGUGUUGCAUACCCUUUUCAAUUCUGCAGAAGGACUAGCAAAUUGUGACCAAGAAAACACGAAUUACUGGUUGUGGAGAUUCAUUUCUGAUGGGGCUUUAGCCGUGAUUUCAUCAAUUAUUCAUUCAUUCAUAUUAUUAGCUGAGGCCAUUACUCUUUCAACCUGUGUGGUUGCUCACAAUAAUACAUUGCUGGCUUUGCUUGUAUCUAACAACUUUGCUGAGAUCAAAAGCAGCGUUUUCAAGCGUUUCAGCAAGGAUAAUGUACAAGUCAUGGUAUAUAGUGAUUCAGUUGAGAGAUUCCACAUUUCAUCGUUCAUAUUAUUUGUCUUUGCUCAAUAUACUGUGGAGGCUGAGUAUCCUUGGUUUGAAAAAUUUCUAUUUAAUGCUUCUAUGGUUUAUAUUUGUGAAAUAAUGAUCGACACAAUCAAGCACUCGUUUAUCGCGAAGUUUAAUGACAUAAAGCCCAUUGUAUUCUCCGAAUUUCUUGAAGACCUAUGCAGACAGAGACUUAAGUUAGAAGAAGAAAAUGAGAAGAAAAAGCUUACUUUCGUUCCCCUGGCACCUGCAUGCGUGAUCAUACGAGUAUUAAGUCCGGUGUAUGCUGCUCAUCUCCCUCAAGGCCCCUUCGUGUGGAAACUCUUUUGCAUCUUCUUCCUGUCAGCUAUAACCUUCCUGAUGCUUACAACCCUCAAAGUUAUGGUUGGCAUGGGGCUACAAAAGCAUGCAACUUGGUACUUGGAACGGUCCCAAAAGCGAAAACUGCACUGUGAUUAAUUCGCCGAACUUGUUUCUGCAUACAUAAGGAUAGUACAGAACUAGGAGUUUUUGGAUUUUUAUAAAGGAUUGCUUUUCCAAAAUAGCAGGAUCUCACUUGGAUUUUGUCACUUGACCAAGCCUGCAAUGUGGAGUGGCAUGCAUGAUUCAUAUAUCUAUGACAAUUGCCCUAGCUGAGUUCUUGCCGAUUCCUCGAGAAUAAGAGUAAUUAUAGAGUAUAUCUUUUGCUAUUGAUUAUCAUCGGCUUCUUAAUUAGAAUAUAGUCUAGAUUCUGACAUUUACACUAUAAAUUUUGUAAUUUCAGACAACAAAUAGUCUGGUAACAGUAUGUUUCUUUGUUGUACA